AUGGAUAAAAUCAGAAGAGCAUCUCACGCCGGUUCUUGGUACACCGACAAUCCUAAGAAAUUAUCUGAAGAGCUAGAUGGGUGGCUGAGUGAAGCUGGGUUGGCUAAGUCUUCCGAUGUAAGAGGGGUAAUUGCGCCUCAUGCAGGUUAUUCAUAUUCUGGUCGUGCAGCAGCCUAUGCAUUUGGAAACAUAGAUCCUGCAAACAUCUCUAGGGUGUUUCUUCUUGGUCCAUCUCAUCACCAUUACACUCUAAAAUGUGCACUUUCAAGAGCCACGGUUUACAAGACUCCAAUAGGUGACUUAUCUAUUGAUCUUGAAGUCAAUGAGGAGCUAAAAGCCACAGGGAAAUUUGAAUUGAUGGAUCUUCAUGUUGAUGAAGCUGAACAUAGCAUGGAAAUGCACCUGCCUUAUCUUGCUAAAAUUUUUCAGGGGUAUCCUAUAAAGAUUGUUCCUAUUUUGGUUGGUGCUCUUGAUGCUGAAAAUGAAGCCACAUAUGGACGAUUGCUAGCGAAAUAUGUGGAUGAUCCCAGUAAUUUUUUUUCAGUGUCCUCAGAUUUUUGUCAUUGGGGCGCUAGGUUCAACUACUUGCAUUAUGACAAAAAACAUGGAGCGAUCUACAAGUCCAUAGAGGCAUUGGAUCGAAUGGGGAUGGAGAUAAUCGAAACGGGAGAUCCAGACGAAUUUAAACAGUAUCUAUUGAAGACAGACAAUACAAUUUGUGGACGCCAUCCUAUUAGUGUUUUUCUUCAUAUGUUGAAGAAUACCACAAAGAAGAUAAAAAUCCGGUUCCUUCGAUACGAACAGUCAAGUCAGUGCAAAAGCACAAGAGACAGCAGUGUAAGUUACGCAUCCGCAGCGGCGAAAAUUGAUGCCUGA